GAUUCUUGACGUGGCAAGAGGUCCGGACGUGACAUAGCUGCUCAUCAUCUCUUCUCCUCCUCUUUUUUUUCCUCUGCUAGUUAUCAUCUACAGGUACUGGUUCGAGAGACAGACCAACUCUUGUUCAGCAACCUGUACCGGGAGGGAGAAUGUGGCUGAUCGUGUUAGCCAGUUUCCUUCACUGCGCCUCCGCUUAUGAUGUGGACCUGAAGAAACUGGAGGGGCUGGCGAAAGCAAGGGUGGAGACAUGUGGUGGAUGACAGCUGAACAGACUCAGGGAGGUCAAAGCCUUUGUGAUCCAGGAUAUUCCUCUUUACCAUAACCUGGUCAUGAAGCACAUUCCUGGGGCUGAUCCUGAGCUUGUCCUCCUGAAUCACUAUUUUGAAGAGCUUGAUCGGAUUGCUCUGUCCGACAUGACCCGGGCUGAGAUUAAUGAGCUGCUGGGGAAAAUGGGUUUCUACAAGAAGGCUCAACCAGAAGAUGAGGUGCCAGAGGAGUUUCGCUUCUCACCUGCCAAAGACAGCCCGUUUAAAGAUGAGCCUGCUUACAAAUCAUCCAUUUCCUCUUUUGAUACAGAAAACACAUCCUCGGAGCCCCAAGCAGAAGUCAAGCACACUGACCUAUAACCUGUUGGAAUAGGCAAAAUGGUACCCCUCUGCACCGUAGCUGCUCCAUGAUCAGCUGGUUACUGCAGUUGUUGACAGAAAAGUUUGUAAAUUCACAAUAAGGCCAGCAGAUUAUGGAUCAGCAUUUGGGAAAGACUAAAAUUUAAAUUUAUCCACGAGCCUUUUAAAGAGCCAGUCUGAAUUUGCACAUAAUUUCCUCCCUCUGCUUCCUUUUAAAGCAGCGUUGUAACCAAACUGUCUGUUUUUUGAGUGCUUUUUUUACUCUCCACACAAAGACUGGAAUUAUGUGUGCUUCAUUUUGUUUGUGGUUCAUGCAUCAUCUGUAUUCUGUGCAUCAUUGGAGUCCUUUUGUGUGUGUGUGUGUGUGUGAUUACCUCCUACCUGCUGUGAAACUGAAUGACGCCUCAGGCUGAAAAUUGUCUGACGGGCCUGAGGCUGAUGCAAUUUGUUCUGGUGGGUUGGAUUGAUACGCACAAGAAGACGCAAGUGGAAAGGAUGUCAUAAAGAAAAUAAAUCUAAUCUGUAAACCCA